AUGAAUCCCAAGAGAAGAAGCACUUUUCAGUUCAAAUACAAGAAAGUGGACCUUAUCAGCCUGCAAAAGUUGAGUGCGAAAGUGACGUCGGUCAAACUCACCAGCUUCGUGAAAGACUAUAGAAGAAUUCUGAACAUCUUGGAUGAGAAGAUGGACAUGAUGAUUGCUGUGACUAUUUCCCAGUUCUAUAAUCCGCCUCUAUGCUGUUUCACGUUUUCUAAUUUCCAGUUGGCUCCUACCUUGGAGGAAUUCGAGAGGAUCAUAGGCCAAAAUUUGAGGGAUCAUAAUCCACUUCCUAAGUUUGAUGAAGGUAUUCCUCCCAAGAGGAUAACUUUAUCUUUGAGUUUGAAGGUUUCUAAAGUUGUAGUAAAUUGGGAUGUGAAGGGAAUCUUCAAUGGUUUUUCUAGAAAGUUCUUGGAAGAUCAAGCUUUGAAGAUGGAGAAAGAUGGGAAUUGGAAAGCUUUCUAUGUCAUGUUAGCUAUGUUGGUAUAUGAGAUAGUUCUCUUCCCAAAUAUUGACCAUUUUGUGGAUCAUCUAGCUGUGAGGAUCUUCUUCUCUGGUAACCCUGUACCAUUUCUCCUAGCUGACCUUCAUUAUGCUCUUCAUGACUGUCAUGAGAAGAAGGGAAGAACUAUCUUGUGUUGUACACAACUGUUGCACGCUUGGUUUAGAUCUCACAUGCCUGAGGAAGGCCCUUUUGUCUCAAAGGAACUCAAGCCCUCGCAAAAGUUAGCUUCUCUCACCUCCAGUCAUGUUGAGUGGUACAUCAUGGAUUGGGAAACCGAGGAUGUUAUUGUCAGCACUAGGGACUUCCCUAAUGUACCUUUGAUAGGAACCAGGGGCUGUAUCAACUACAACCCCGUGUUAUCCUUUAGGAAGCACGGUUACACCAUGAAUGACCCUCUAAGAGCUGAAGCUUUAGAGCCUUUUAUCUUGCACAACACUGAAGCAAAUCACUCCAUGGUAAAGAAUAUCAAGAGAUCAUGGAAAACAAUUAUCAGAAAGGGUAAAGAAUUGGGUAAAAGAAAUGUCAUUGCUCGCGAGCCUUAUACCUAUUGGGUGAAAGAGAGGGUUCAAAUGGUUAAACUCCCUUUUUCAUUUGAUCCUUCCAUCUAUCCUUUGGUUCCUGAGCCAGAACCGAUAAUACCUGAAGAUGUGGAGAAGCUUAAUGCCUGA